AUGGAAAACAAUAUAACUACUAUCUCUCGUGAAGAGCUUGAAGAUCUAAGAGAAGCAUUCAGUAAGAUAGAUAUUGACAACAGCGGGUAUGUCAGUGAUUAUGAGCUUCAAGACCUAUUUAAAGAAGCAAGUCUGCCCUUGCCCGGUUACAAAGUCCGUGAGAUUGUAGAAAAAAUCAUUGCAGUGACAGAUACCAACAAGGAUGGGAGAAUCAACUUUGAAGAAUUUGUCUCUAUAAUUCAGGAACUGAAAAGUAAAGAUGUUAGCAAAUCUUUCCGAAAAUCAAUAAACAAAAAGCAAGGAAUUACAGCAAUUGGAGGAACAUCAGCAAUCUCUAGUGAGGGGACACAGCACUCUUAUUCAGAGGAGGAAAAAGUUGCUUUUGUUAAUUGGAUAAAUAAAGCUCUACAAGAUGACCCAGACUGUAAACACCUCCUACCUAUGAACCCAUCAGAUGCCAGUCUUUUUAAAUCUCUUGCAGAUGGCAUUCUUCUUUGCAAAAUGAUCAACUUUUCACAACCAGAUACAAUCGAUGAAAGGGCUAUUAAUAAGAAGAAACUCACUCCUUUCACUAUUUCUGAAAACCUAAACCUGGCUCUGAACUCAGCAUCUGCUAUUGGCUGUACAGUUGUUAAUAUCGGAUCACAAGAUUUGCAAGAAGGAAAACCACACUUGGUGUUAGGACUCUUGUGGCAGAUCAUUAAAGUUGGUCUUUUUGCCGAUAUUGAGAUCUCCAGAAAUGAAGCUCUUAUUGCCUUGCUAAAUGAAGGGGAAGAACUAGAUCAGUUAAUGAAGCUUUCCCCAGAAGAGCUCUUGCUACGCUGGGUGAACUACCAUCUGACCAAUGCGGGAUGGCAGAAAAUCAGUAACUUCAGCCAAGACAUUAAGGAUUCAAGAGCAUACUACCAUCUGUUAAAUCAGAUUGCACCCAAAGGAGAUGACCUUGAUGAAUUGCCCAUUAAAAUUGACUUUUCAGGAUUUCAUGAUAAAAAUGACUUGAGGAGGGCUGAAUACAUGCUCCAACAGGCAGAUAAAUUGGGCUGCAGACAGUUUGUAACUCCAGCUGAUGUGGUUGCAGGCAACCCUAAACUCAAUUUGGCUUUUGUUGCAAAUCUCUUUAACACACAUCCAGCCCUACACAAGCCUGACAAUUCAUCUUAUGAUCUCAAUUUAUUAGAAGAUUUGACCCCUCCUAAUGUAGGAGAAAGUAAGGAGGAAAGGACUUUCAGAAACUGGAUGAAUUCACUGGGUGUAAGCCCAUUUGUUAAUCAUUUAUACAGUGACCUCUCUGACGCUUUAAUAAUCUUCCAAUUGUAUGAUAUGACUCGUGUACCGGUUGACUGGAACCACGUCAACAAACCUCCUUAUCCAUUGCUUGGUGGUAAUAUGAAAAAGAUUGAGAAUUGCAAUUAUGCAGUAGAACUCGGGAAGACAAAAGCCAAAUUCUCACUGGUUGGUAUUGCUGGACACGAUCUAAAUGAGGGUAAUCCAACUCUGACUUUGGCUUUGAUAUGGCAGCUGAUGAGAAGGUAUACUUUGAACGUACUAUCAGACCUUGGAGAGGGGGAAAAAGUAAAUGAUAACGUUAUUAUUAAGUGGGUGAAUCAGACACUUACAAAAGCAAAUAAGAAAACUUCAAUUACAAGUUUCAAGGAUAAAUCAAUUAGCACUAGUUUACCUGUCCUAGAUUUAAUAGAUGCCAUUGCACCAAAAGCAGUUCGUCCAGAAAUGGUCAAGAGAGAAGAUCUUUCUUACCAAGACAAAUUGAAUAACGCUAAGUACGCCAUUUCAGUUGCUCGAAAAAUUGGUGCUCGUAUAUAUGCUCUCCCAGAUGAUCUGGUUGAAGUGAAGCCAAAAAUGGUGAUGACAGUGUUUGCUUGUUUAAUGGGAAGAGGAUUGAACAAAAUAAAAUCAUGA